AUGGAUUCGCGUCUGGGUCUGCUCAUCGCCCUGCUGCUGGCGGCCUUUCAGGCCUGGGCUCUGGAAGCCCCGACGAAUUCGAGUUCCCCGGAGAGCGGCCUUCUGCGGACGGUGCGCCAUGUGUACGGACAGUGUGCGGAUAGCGAGGACGUCUUCUGGUGCUGCAAGAUUCAGGGCGUUCGCCUCCUGGGCCGCGCCCUCAAGGUCCAGCAGCUGGGGAUCGUGGACGGCGUGAGCCUGGUGCGGCGCGAGUCCUUCGGCCAGGAUACACGGAGUGGCCGCUCCAGUCUGGUCGAGGGCCAGCUCAGCAACCGCGACCUGGAGCACAUGUCCGGGAAGAGCCUGGACGCCCUGCUGCUGGAGCGCUUCCUCAACUUCGUGCACAGCCACCAGCUACAGGUGAACCUGCCCCGUUUACUGCGCUUCGGGGAGCGGAAUGGCCAGGACUGGCUGCAGCACCUGCUCGGCUACUUCCUGCCAGCCGGCGAGAGUGAGGGUCGCAAGAAGAAGGACGACAAGAAGUAUCUGGGGCCCUUCAUCGCCGCCGUUCUGCUGAAGACGGCCAUUCUGAAGAUGGCCUACCACUCGAUCGCCAUCGUGGCGGGCAAGGCGCUGAUUGUGGGCAAGAUAGCCCUGAUCAUUAGCGCCAUAAUUGGGCUGAAGAAACUGGUGGGUCACGACGGCGGCGAGAAGACCACCUACGAGAUCGUCAAGCACCCGCAGGUGCAGCAGAGCCACACCUACUCGUCCAGCCACCAGGGCGAGUACGACACGGGCGGCCACGACGGGGGAUCCUACCACCGCAGCAUCGACGACGAGAUGAUGAUGCAGGACAAGGCCUACCAGGCCUGGAUGCCCCAGGUGGCCGCCUCCGCCCCCUCGCCCGCCGCCAAGGGGUCGCGAUAA